UUAAACAUUGAUGCUCCUAGAUUAUGUUUUUUUUUAUUUGGCAGAAUUCUGGAUAUCAUUAUGAAAUGCAAAAUAUGUUUUUCAUAACCUUCUUUUCAUUGUUUCAAAAAGGUGCUGUCACUUUGCAGUGUUAGCACAUAUCUACACAUCAUUGUCUGUCAAUAUCUGCUCCCUGUAGAUGUGUGAAAUGAUUUCACACAAGGGAUCUCAUUGAGCCAUAAAUUGCAUCGGUGUUCCCUUGUGCGCGUACAGGAGCUAUUAUUUGCUUUUUCACAUUGAUUUCCCCCCGUUGCGCAGACCAUGAAAGGAAAAAGACGACGGGAUUAAAAAUGGACAUCCGCUCAAAGGCUGCAUUCAGCGUUUGGUGUUUUUGUGUGUGUGUGUGCCGCAGCGUGGGAGGACGAUGCAUGCGGGGGUGCACAGCAGUCACAUGCGUGUGUGUAUGCGUCUGUGAUGUUUCUGGAUUCAUCUGAAAAUUCAUUGCAUGUGUUUUUCAUACUGCGUUGUCCCAAAAUAAUUAAUAAUGUGGCUCAGGGAAUUAGCAUUUAAUUUGCAGUCCCAUUCACAGAUAGCACAAUUCUCUCAGGGAUCCUUCAUCUAGCAGAAUGAAAAGCAAGAGAGCCAAAGAAUGAAGUAAAAGUGCAUGAACGGUUAGCUCCACCCCCUCUCUCCCCAUCCUCCUUCCUGUUUGCUGUCCACCAGCCCAGUCUCAUACUACGACAUUUGACGUCAGAUCACUCCUGUAGCCAAUCACAAGCCUUGGGCAGCCCCCUAUGCUGCUUGACCCCGCCUCUCCUUCUGGUCUCAUAUAUAGCAGGGUUCAUUCUGUUUGCUUGAGUGUUCAACGUGCUGCUGUGCCUCAGGAGGCAGAGCACAGUUGCACUGUGAGUGAAUCACCACCACAUCUACCCAGAUUCAUUCAGCGUUUCUUUCAGAGCUCAAUAACCGUCCUCCCUGCCUGGCUGUCGUCCCACUGCCCCGCUUUCAAGAUGGGCUGCACCACCGGGCACUUCACAUGCCAACCGCAGACAACGGCAGCUCCUAUCCCGGAGAGCCAAUCGCAGGACCCGAAAGUCCCCGAGGUGCUGUCCUCCUUGGAGAGGCUCUCGCAAGCCACCGGAGGGAUGGAGAAGUCCUGGUACCGUUGCAUCUUUCCCUUCGGAAUAAUUUCCUUGGUGAUCGGAGUGGCCGGGACCGGGGUGACGUACACGUACAACGAUCUCCCGCAGACGAAAGUGGUGUCCGUGGUCCUGCUGAUCGUGGGGUUCGUUCUGGUGGUGAUGGCUACGGCUUGCUGGACGGCCCAUAAAAAGAAGCGCAGGAAAAAGAAAGAAGGGGGUUCCCUCAGCUCCGAACAGUGUCCCCUGUGAAGCGAACGAAAGGUGGCGAAAAGAGACGCUUGGGAUUGAAAGCAUUGUCUGCGCCCGCUGGGCUGAACGCAGGCAAGGGCCCCUCCAGGAUUUCGGGCGGAAAACACGGGAGGUGAGCUUUCACCAGAGUCACGCACGCAGUUUACCGUUGCUCGGCAGGUGUCUGGUGUCAAAACAAGCCCGGAGAGGAGGACACAUAUCAACACGCACGCACGCACACAGGACACUUAACACUUCCAGGGCCAUAACUGCGAGCGGACGCCGGAGCCAGUGCUGCCGUCAACACGCGCAUUCUUGCCGCCGCACCAUGUGAUGCCAAGUGAAGAAGCGGGCCAGAGGUGGCAACCGGACACCGCGGCGAAAGAGGAGUUCACCUCCGUCACCGUCGCACGUCAUUCGCCCGUCCUGUGACACCGUAGCAAUGUGUGAGCUUUUUUACGCAACGGGAGAGUGGAACUUGAACCUGCGUCUGCUUGCUCGGACCGGCAGCUGCGGAUCAAGAUAGGAGGAGGGCACGGACACGGAGAGGUCGAGAAUGCGUCCGUCUGUGUGUGUGUAUGUGUGCAGGAAUAUGAACUAGAGAGACGGGACACCUGCUCACCCUCUUUUGCUGUCAGACCUUCGUCAAUCGUAGUCUCUAAUGAUUUAGUACAGGGUGCAGCAUCUGAUAUUAAGGACACUCAUGGGAAUUUUACACGGUGUACGGUCUGUUGACGGACUUUUACUUUGGGUUGUGUGGGUGUGUGUGUGUCUGUUUGUGAGAGAAAGCUGGCAAAUCCAGAGCCUUCAAGAACCUCAAUAGUUGGAAAAAACAACCACAGAGGAAUUUUAUAAUAGCGUGAUUCAGAGAAAGACGAGCGGGCCAAAGGAUCUUUUGUCUAAACAGAAAACUCAUUUCCUCAGACAGAUAAACAAGAUUACGAGGGUACAUGAGAUGCCAAAACCGUUUGUAAAGGGUUUUUCUCGUUCCAGUGCCUUUUAUACCGGUUAUAGGACUUAUCAUGGUACAUAACCUUAGCUCUGUUACUCUUUUCUCUCUCUCUCUCCGUCUCAUCCCGUGCCAGCUUCAAACCUCAAACUCAGCAGUUUAACCACGCUUCUGAGAAAACCUCCUCUUAAAACACACAUGAAUACGUCGUCGCUUUGACCCGGUCAGACCCCUCGCAGGCAGAAGCACGCAUCCACCCUUCGCACUGGGAAUAUCGCUCAUUUACAGUGCCUUGCUUUGGGAAGUGUUUGUCAUGGAUACAGUGGGUGUGUAAGAAAAACCGAAUUAAGAGAUGCCACCCUCCAAAUUUUCCCUGUUUCAGAUGUGUAGCUCUGGUAACCCAGUUUCCAAGUAAAUCUUUUUACAGUAUGCACACCAAUUUAUUGCCUUGUGGCAAGGAUAAAUGGAAUACAGGGGUUCAUGUUAGAAAAAAGACUUUGAGGGAGAUAUCGAGGGAUAGUGAUUGAAAUAGGAUUGAUAGAUGCAUAAACAACCCUAAGUGAGUUUAGUUGUUAGUAUGUGCACUAAGCUCAGCUUACUGGAUGCUUGUGAGCCCAAUGGAAAGUUUUAUUGCUGGCGAUGAUCUUUCAAUGUUCAUAAGCGUCUAUUGGUUCCCAGCUACAGUAUGUUUUUUAUUAGUAUCAAAUUUGUUUCGAAUGUUUCUCUUGAAACACAAAUUGUGUAAAUCUAUAAAUAGCAGAAGCUUAUUCAAUUUGGUCUGAGUUUAAAUGCAUUUUAAAACAUUAAGAGCAGACUGAGAUGCAGCUAAUUCAUGUCUAUGAGAAACAAUAAUAGUAUUAUUUGCAAUUUUUGUUUCCUCAGUUUAUGGGCUGAUCUAAUAAAGGCUGGCGUAGAUGUGUAAUGUUUAAGAGCGCUGAAUCAUGCCUGCCAUGCAACACAAUGAGAUCCCCGGUUUGGUGCACGUCCAGGUGAAACUGAUUUAUAUCAUUGGCAUCCGAUGACACCUGGCUAUGGAUCAACACAGUGCCUUUCUGUUGACUGAUAUACGUACCGAGAGCAGCCCGUGCCUCCUCUAGCAUCGUAAUUGCUUCACACUCGAAUGUCGCUCGUGUCCCUUUACAAAAAUAGAAGGCCUUUUUUCCACAACGUGCCGAAAACACGAUGGAGACGGUUUUAAACGCUUAAACGCGCAACGCCUUCUUCGCAGUUCGGCUUACAGUCGGGCUGCCGUUAAAUCAGGGAUGAAGUUGGCGAUUAGGUGGAAAAAGGAUUCCAGAGGGACCAGAUGGGAUUUGUUAGCUAUCAUAAACCGAGCCUAACCGAGUAUCAGAUCGUAUCUUGGAAAGCCAGUAAAGCAGGAGAGGUGUUUACAUGGCACCAUACGGAUUUGACGUCUAGAUGUGAGGCGCAUCAGGAAAAGAGAAUUAGGAACAUGGUGCUGAUCUAAAAAAAUAAAAACAAUUAAACAAACAAAAAGAAAAAUGUAACUGUUUAAACCAUUUAUUUAGUGGCACAUUACAAGUUUUUCUUUUAAAUUCGCUUUGCAACUUUGGUUUAUUUUUGUUUGUACGUAAAUGCAGAUCUAUGUAAGAGGGUCGUUCCUCUCCAGCAGGUUUCAGAUGUUUAUAAGGCUUUUUUACAAGAGCCAGACACUGGGGAGAUUUAUAGAGGCUGAACACAUUUACAGUGUUGUGCAAUGUCAUUGAAAGCACAAAGGCUGAUGGAUACACGGGAAUGCCUGGAAUGCACAAUUGCAAACAUAUUGAAACCAUAUAUGUACUUAGCUUUGCUUAUUGCUUUUGCAGUCUUCUGCUGUAUAUAAACUCACAUCUGUCUAUGUAAAAACUUAAAUAUACGUGUAUUUGUGUUUUGUAACUUUUGAAAAGUGUCGUGAAUGAGUUGCGAAUGAAUUUAUGUUCUGUCGAUUUUAUUUUUUGUAAAUGAAGAAGAGUACAUCUACCUCUCGGGAUGUGAGAGUGUAUUUUAGCUGGAGGCAAACGUAUGCCGAACUUAGUUGUCAAACUAUGUGAUGUAUAUACUAGUUAUUUAUAUUUUUACAUUUAUAUUCAUAUCAGAUAAGACUUUGGAAAAGUUGUAUUAAAGAACUGUCAUGUGAAAUAUUUAAA